UUCUACAGGUCUGUGUGGCAUUUGUGCUUUGCUCACCGCAGGCUGUGACUGGAUCUCCUGUGGACUGUCCGAACCAAGAUACUGCAGGAACUUCCUGCGCCAUCUCAGUGGAGAAGCUCCUGGAACGAGCUGUUCAACAUGCAGAGCUUAUCUAUCGCGUCUCAGAGGAGUCCAAGUUGCUGUUUGACGAGAUGCUCAUUUCAUACGGAAUGAAUCUGCAUAUUCCCGAAGGGACCAUGUGUGCUCCUAAAACGGUGCCGGUUCCUAUGUCUAAAAGUGAAAUCCAACAGAUUUCCGACAAAUGGAUCCUUCACUCACUCCUGAUUCUGGCUCAGUUCUGGAUUGAUCCCCUGGUAGAAGUACAGGCAUCUCUUGAGAAUUAUGAGAAUGCCCCAAGUGCCCUGCUUACCAGGAGCAAAUGGAUCUCUACCAAACUAAUGAGCCUGGAACAGGGUAUAAUGGUUCUCAUUAGACAG